CGGUUUAGAAUUUUAAUAUGAACUGGUCAGACGAAGAAGAAAUUGUUUGGGGCUUGUUUACAUUAUUUUUAAUUUUUUUUUUGCCCCAUGCCUAAAUGCAAUUUUAAUUAGCUAGGUAGCUAAAUAUUUGCAUGUUUUCUGAGUACUCCCUUGUUCAUCUACCUUCAGAUCUGAAAUAACGAUACCUACCUAGCAAUGCAAGCUAGUAGCUACAUUGAACUAUAAUGGACGAACCUUGGGAUUUCGAAUUCUUGUCUCGCAUUGUUGAUAGUCUGGUGACUUUUUUGUCCGAGUUUGUUGAUGACUGGUUGGCCAAUGACAUGAGGGUAGCGGUGUUCAAAAUACUAUUUAGUUGGCUCAUCCUUAGUCUAGUCGCCAUACAUUUUGCUUGGAAAGUGUACGGGCAUACAGUCAACGAUAUGUACUACAGACAAGGAACAGGUGGACAAAAUGGUGGCACACCUGACACGGCACCUCACCUGAGUGGAUGGGACAGUUCUGCAGGAGAAGCACUGAAAACACAUCAUGAGUGACUGGACACUAGCUGGCUUCACAUGAGUGGUAUAUCUCCAGGCUGGCUUGAGAUGAUCAGAUACAGGAUGGACCACGGGGGGGUUAAUAAUGGUCAGAUCCAGUUAACCAUAUUCAGAAGUGUGCCAGGAACCCUUCCAGAACUUAUCAUGCGAAGAUGUACAAGAGAAGCUGUGUCCACAACCCAAGGCUGACUAUACAUGAUAGUGGUGCAGUGAUCUGGGGCCCCUAACAGGAUUGGCUCGUCUUAUGUGGCUAUUUCUAGUCUUGUAAUAAGUAAAUGGUAUAACUGCUGAUAUCUUGACCUGUAAUAUAGCCACGUCCAUGGCAUUAGCAAAAAACUGGAAUAGAGACUCAUUGUUGAGCUUAGCCAAUAAAACUUGGUCGGCUAGUCAUA